UGACUAUCAGAGGGGACUGUGUAGAGAGGGUGGCGGAUUUCCGCUUCCUGGGAAUCCAUAUUGAGGAGGACCUGACGUGGAGCGUGAACACCACUGCGCUGCUGAAAAAGGUCCAGCAGAGACUGCACUUCCUGAGGGUGCUCAGGAAGAACAACAUCACUCAGAGACUGCUGCUGUCCUUUUAUCGGUGCUCCAUUGAGAGCAUACUAACAUACUGUGUAUGCGUGUGGUACACCAGCUGCACAGCGGCUCAGAGGAAAGCGCUCCAGAGGGCCAUUGACAACGCCCAGAGGAUUGUCGGCUGCCCUCUCCUUACCUUGGAGGACUUACACAGUUCCCGCUGCACCAAAAAAAACCAGAAUAUCAUAAAGGACAUUUCCCCCCCCGGACACUCCCUGUUUGAACUGUUGCCGUCAGGCAGACGGUACAGAUCUACAAGGACAAGGACGAACAGACUAAAAAACAGUUUUUACCCCACUGCUAUAAAAGCACUAAAUGUAGCCGCCAAGGAACGCAGGGGCGAUACAGACUAAGGGACUGUGGUAACUGUGAAAUCGACAGAAGGAUGGAGGGUUGGGGUGUGUAUGCGUGCUUUGUUCGUGAUAUUUAUUUAGUUGUUUAUCUUUAUUAUUUUACCGUGUAUGUAUCGUUAGCUUUUAGAAAUGUUUGAAUGCUGCACUGACUGGCUGACAUUUUAAAUUUCGUUGUACAUGGUCCAUGUUACAAUGACAAUAAAGAAACUAUUCUAUUCUGAUCCCUUUAGCCACAAGGACCACAUCUAACUCCCUCUUAAAUAUAGCCAAUGAGCUGGCCUCAACUACCUCUGAAACAGAAGGCAUCUCAUGUGCAGCUGUUUUGAGCGGUCGAUUUCCGACCCCUACUCCUACCUAUUCUCUCUGCACAAUGAGUAAUGCUUGAAAUUUGUAGUUUCAUUUUCUAUUUUGUGAAACACCGUCACAUAAAGUGAAAGUGAAACACCCACCUAUUAACAGAAACAAGUUUAACAGCAGGAGUUUACUAUCCAGGGGACUUCGUCGGGUGAGGAGCUGAGAGCACUGACCUUUGAGGAUGUCCCUGGCUUUGAUCCCCGUCUUUCUCUUCGUUUUCUCGGUAAGAGCGACGGACUGCAGGUUUCGAGAGCCAAGGAGGGAUGGCUUGACUGAGUGCAGGAAAGCUCAAAAUUUGACCGCUCUUGAGGUUGUGCCGGGAGGCGGCUGGGACAACUUGAGGAACCUCGACCGAGGUCGAGUGAUGAACAUCAGCUACUCUCUGUGCAAACUCACCGAGGACGGGAAAUACUUCAUCCCAGACCACGUCUACGUGGUGCCCCAGAAGCAGACUAACAUGGAUAUCGUGUCGGAAAUCAUCACCAGCUGGAUGGACUACAAAAGCUCCACCAGUGCCUCAGUCAACGCUGAUGUAUCCUACCUCUCUAUCCUGAAUGCAAAGUUCUCCGCCAGCGUUGAGAGGGUCAAGACCCGACAGGUGAAGGAUAGCAGCACGACCACUAGAAUCCAGGUGAGGAACUUGAUAUACAAGGUCAAAUCCGUGCCCGAUUUCCAGCUGGACCAAGACUUCAAACAACAGCUGAUUGAGAUUGCCAAUUACAUUGAGAACAACCAGACUAAAGCUGCCGAAUAUUUCGCUCAGUUGCUGGUCCUCAACUACGGGACUCACGUGUUGACAGGUAUCGAUGCCGGGGCGAGCCUGGUGCAGGAAGACCAGAUCCGUUCUAGCUUUGUGUCCGAAAGCUGGAGUCAAAAAUCCAGCAUCAGAGCGUCGGCCGGAGUCACCUUCUUCCAGACGGUGAAUGUGGGCCUGGACACACAGUGGCAGAGCACCGACCAGUUCACCCGGCAUUACAUGAGCAACAGGACGCACUCGAGCAUCGAGAGCCACGGCGGGGUUCCCUUUUACCCUGGAAUCACCCUGCAGAAGUGGCAGCAGGAGAUCUCCAACCAGCUGGUGGCCAUCGACAGGAGCGGGCGGCCCCUCAACUUCUUUAUCCACCCACUCAACGUGCCCGAGCUGCCCGGGCCCACGGUGGCCAAGCUCACCCUGGCCAUCGAGAGGGCCAUCGCUCUCUACUACACCGUCAACACUCACCCGGGCUGCGUGGACAUCAACUCGCCCAACUUCAACUUCCAGGCCAACCUCGACGACGGCUCCUGCCAGGGGGACGGCACGAAUUUCACCUUCGGCGGCGUUUACCAGGAGUGCGCCCCGGUGUCGGGGCCAGACGCCCAGUCCCUGUGUGCCGGCCUGGACCAGAGCAACCCCCUGACCGGGGCCCACAGCUGUCCCGCUGGAUACUCGGCCAUACACCUGCACUCGGGCGUCCAGGAGGAGGGUAGGAGCCAUUACGAGUGUAACCGCCGUUGCCACACGUGUUGGCUGCUGGCGACAUGUUGCGACGACGUGUGCGGCGACGGCUACUACGUGAGCAAGGCCCGCUUUGAGGCCUACUGGUGUGCGGCGACGCCCAGCCUUGUCCUGCCCCAGAACUCGGGCUACCUCUUCGGCGGCCUGUACGGCCGAGUGUCCAGCAACGAGCUGACCCAAGACCGCUCCUGCCCCGCGGCCUUCUACCCGCUGCGCCUCCUCCAGCACCUGCGGGUCUGCGUCAGCCAAGACUACGAGAUGGGCUUCCGCUACUCGGUGCCAUUCGGCGGCUUCUUCAGCUGCGAGGCGGGAAACCCGUUGGCUGCCCGGGCCCCAGGCCCAGACUCAGGCGCCGACCCCAAGCGUUGUCCCGGCGGCUACAGCCAGCACCUGGCUGACAUCAGCGAUAACUGCCAACUCCUCUUCUGCGUCAAGUCCGGCUCCUUCAACGACCUCAAACUGGCCCCCAUCAACCUGCCGCCGUUCGCUCAGCCCCCCCUGCUCACCAAGGGCUCCACAAACACGGUGAUGGUCAUGUCCGCGUACCAGGAGCCUUGGGUGAAGGACAAGGUCACCAACCAGUGGAAGGUGGUCCCCAACUCGGACGCCCGCCGUAUAUUUGACGGGGAGAAUUCCUCCAGAGCGGCUGGGGCGGCAGCUGGCAUCUCCAUUGCCACCAUCCUGGCCCUGGUUGGCAUUCUCUGCCUUGUCUUCUUUAUCAAGAAGCGACUGAGGCAGCGCAGAUACCAAGCUCGGGCUGUAGAACAUGAAGUGAUAUCCACAACCAACUCUGACUCUGAGAUCAACACACUUGGCUCUCCUGAUCCCCACACAGAUGCCUGAGUCCCACUCCCUCCUUGAUCCACAACUGCAAUAAGGACUGCAGAGCCUUCCUACAUUCACCCAUACAACCGGCAGAGAAUACCCAAUAACAUUAAGCAGUACGUUUAUGUUCACAAUAGACAAAACAAUAGACAAUAGGUGCAGGAGUAGGCCAUUUGGCCCUUCGAGCCAGCACCGCCAUUCACUGUGAUCAUGGCUGAUCAUCCCCAUUUUUUCACCUUUAUUAUUGUCACCUGUACCGAGGUACAGUGAGAAGCUUUGUUUUCCAAUGUUUGGAUCAUGUUUUCCAAUCAAAUCAUAAUACUAUACCUAAAUAUAAUCAAGCCAAACUCUAGUACAACAGGCACAGUGAAGGGAAAGAUACAGAGUGCAGAAUAUGGGGAGAGGAUUGCAGGGGAUAUGGGGAGAAGGCAGGAACAGGGUACUGAUUGGGGAUGAUCAGCCAUGAUCACAUUGAAUGAUGGUGCUGGCUCGAAGGGCCGAAUGGCCUAAUCCUGCAUCUAUUGUCUAUAAUAAUUGAAUGAACAGGGGUAAUCUUUAGACUAUUGGUUAUUUAAGGAGAAACAGAAAGAGAGAGUAAAAUGUGUGGGAAAGAACUGCAGAUGCUGGUAUAUAAACGAGAUACAUACAAAAUAGGCACAAAAAGAGUUAGAUUUAGCUCUUAUGGCUAAAGGAAUCAAGGGACAUGGGGGAAAAAUCAGGAACGGGGUAAUGAUUUUAGAUCAGUGGUUCCCAACGUGGGGCGUACGCCCCACAGGGGGGCAAUUUGAUUUUUAAGGGGGGCAAUUGAGCGCGACUGAGGAGGUCUGGGUCCAAAUUUUCGAUUUUUAUUUUUUGGGAUUUUCCAUCAGGUAAACAUAUGUAGUUUAUGUUUCAGAUGUUAUUUUGAGUAAAUAUUUUUUUUGGGGUAAAAAAGGUCUUUAUUGUGUAGUUAUUACAUAAUCACCGCGCCAUCGCUCUUCAUGCAUGUCGCACGAAGCGCGCGAGGUCAAGGGAGUUCACUUUUUAAAUGAUAAGAAUUAUAUAUCACCACAUGGGGGGGGGGCAUCAGGAUUUUAGAGGUGAUUAGGUGGGGCAUGGGCAAAAAAAGGUUGGGAACCACUGUUUUAGAUGAUCAGCCGUGAUCAUAUUGAAUGGCUGUACUGGCUCGAAGGGCUGAAUGGCCUAUCCCUGCACCCAUUUUUCUAUGCUUCUAAAUGCUGGAGUAAGGCAGCGCGACAGGCAGCAUCUCUGGAGAGAAGGAAUGGGUGAUGUUUUGGGUUGAGACCCUUCUUCAGGGGUAGAUUGAAUUUGAAAUUCACGUAUUGGAACAUAAACAGAAGAGUGGAAUUGGAUAGGGAUAUUGAAGAAGCCAAAGACACAAUGCUGGAGUUAAUCAGCGGGUCAGGCAGUAUCCCUGCAGAGCAUGGAUAGGUGAUGUUUCGGGUCGGGACCCUUCAUCAGACUGAUUGUAGGGAGGCGGGAAAGAAAGCUGAGAGAGGAGGGGCAGGAUAGAGCAUAGCUAAUAAUGGGGGAACUUGGGCAUGGGAGUUGAAAUAAGUCAUAUUGGUUCUGAUCAACACAGGCACUGUGACCUGUUUCUGACUGAAAGGUUUAUGUGAUUUGAACUGCCUUUUUGCAAACCUGACUGACUUGUUGACAAUUUUGUGGUUUCUUUGUGCCCUUUUGAACCUAACACAGAACAUGAUGCAUUAACUAUCAUUGUGACUAACAUUACCAGUAAUUUUAUUAAUUAGAGUAACUUACCUGAACUGGUGCUACAAACUGAAAAUGUAGCCAUGUAGAAUACAACUGUAACAUUGAGCUAUAAAAACAAUAAAAUAUUAAAAUCCA